AUGCCUUCAGAUCAGAGUACCUGGCUCAUUGCUGUUCCACAGGAUGGCGACUCGGAAGGUUUGUUUCAAGAGUUGGCGCCCAAACUAGCCUCACAGGCUAAACUCCCACUGCGCGAUCUCGCACAAUUGCCUAUUCCGUCCUUCAAGGUGGGUCGCCUGCAGCCCCCGAUUCUCCCGCUUCGUAGGCUUAUGGUGCAAGGGCAGACAGGGACGCUGGACUCGCUUAUUGGAUUAUCGGAGGACUUGACAAAGCUCGAUGGAACGUUUACGGCGACGGUGGCGAAGGCGGUCGAUACGCUGCGGAACCUAUUGAACAACGACCCGGCUAAACUCGCGCAGAAUGUGUUGGUGGACGAGAGACCCGUGGACAGCUAUAUUAUGAGUGAGUGGAGGUGGAAUGAGAGUCGCUAUCCUGUUCAGAGGAGUCUCAGGGAGCUGGUCGAUGGAUUGACUGAGGAAAUGACGUCGAUCGAUAAUGCACUCAAGAAUAAGGUCACGAAUUAUAACCAGGUCAAGGGGUCUUUGACCCAGAUGCAGCGCAAGAAGACUGGUAAUCUAUCGGUGCGGUCAUUGGUCGACCUCGUCACUGUCGACGACUUUGUGCAAGACUCGGAGUACCUGGAGACGGUUCUUGUUGCUGUUCCGAAGAACUUGAUCAAGGAAUGGCUCAAUUCAUACGAGCGCCUGACUGCCAUGGUCGUGCCCCGUUCUGCAAAGGAGCUGCUCGCAGACGAUGAAUUCGCACUGUACAGUGUCGUCAUCUUCAAACGAAUACACGACGACUUUGUCCAGAAAUGUCGGGAACGAAAGUUCAUCGUCCGAGACUUUGUAUUCUCGGAGGAAGACAUGGAGAGGGAAAGGCAGGAAUUGGAAACCACUAAUGCUACUGAGCGGGAGCUCUGGACCGACCUCUUGCAAUCUGCAAGGAUCAACUUUUCCGAAUCGUAUCAACUCUUGGUGCACAUCAAAGUUAUCCGUCUCUUCGUGGAGAGCGUACUGCGAUACGGCCUUCCCUCACAUUACAUCGGCGUUGCUAUCAAGCCUGACCCAAAGACAGCGAAGAAAGUGUUCAAUGUGCUCCAAGCCCAAUUCGCCUACCUCGGCCCUCGCUCCAACCCCGCUCACAAACGCGCCCCCAAGAAGUCCAACGCGCCUACCGAAGACUUUGUCGGCGAGUAUCAGUCGGUGCUUGAUCAGGAAUUCUUCGACUUUGUGAUGUACGAGGUACCUUGGAUUGUGUAUUAGGCGUGGAGGGGGAGAGAGUACGUACACAUACACAUCUUGUUCAACUUUAAACCCAUUUCACGAUCUCUGUGAACUUGAUUACCCAAGUAUUUUAGUUUGA